AUGAAUACCUCGACCACUAUACUGAUUGCUGGUGCUGGGCCUACCGGCCUUAUCGCUGCUUUGACAUUGUUGAAGAACGGCAUCUCCGUGCGCAUCAUUGAGAAAGAACGCACCACGCGUCGUGGGCAACGGGGGACAGGGACCUAUGUGAGCGCGUUCUUUCUGGCCAUACUUAUUGGUACUGAGGAGUCCCGUCAGCCUCGCACCCUCGAAGUAUAUAACUUUCUUGGCAUCACCGAAGCCUUAGAUCGAGCGGAAGAAAUCCAGCUGUUCCAGUCCCACACAUUCGGCAGUGUUGAGGUGCUCAAAGAGUUCGACUUUGUUCCAGAUGCUGCUGAUCCCACGCCGUCAAUCCCAUUCAACAGGCCUUUGGUUUUGGGUCAGAACAUUGCUGAGGGGAUAUUUAUGUCUCAUCUAGCGGAGCUUGGUUGCAUUGUAGAGUACGGCAAAGAGCUGCGAGGUUUUACACAAAACGAGAAGGGAGUUGUCGCAGAGAUUUCGGCAUGGAACGGUGAGAGGGACGUAUCAGAGACGAUUGAGGCUCAGUUCCUUAUCGGAGCUGACGGUGCUACACGGAAGCUGCUGAAUCUCACUUUCCUCGGAGAGACUCGAGAGAUGACAACAGUCGUUACUUGUGAUGCUCGCUUCAAGUGCUCAGCACUGACUCGUGAGCGAACGCAUCAUUUUGGUGACGGUAGCAACAGCUCGUACGAUGACCACCAUCUCUCACAGACUUUGCUUAACCGAGUCUUUAGUGUCGUGAUGAUGCCUGUCAGCUGGCACGGCGAUGACGACGGCUGGCAGCUCAUCAUGUCUGGCGACAAGAUUGAUGCUGACAAACUCGUGACCAACAAGGAGGCGCUCUUCUCGCUCAUCAGGGACGUCAUUGGCUGUCCAGUCGAGUUCAUAGAGCUAGGGUGGAUCUCGUAUUUCAGGCCAAACAUCAGAAUGGCAGACAAGUUCGGACAUGGGCGGGCCUUUGUUGCCGGUGAUGCUGCUCACAUACAUAGCCCCACUGGCGGACAAGGCCUCAAUUCUGGCAUUCAGGAUGGCUUUCAACUCGCUUGGAAGAUCGCUCUUGUCGCCAAGGGCCUAUCUCCGCUCUCUCUGCUGGAGACAUACACCGCCGAGCGUCGCCCCGUCAUCGCGCAGAUGCUCAACCUGACUACAAAUCUUAUGGACAAGACGUGGGGACCCAAACAGGUCUCCGUCGACAGCGCCUGGCGUCGAACUAGGAUCUUGUACAUGCUUGGCGUCAACUAUCGCACAAGCCCAAUUGUUCUCGACGAGUUCUCCUCCGGCGUAGCGCCCAUACCUGCAUACGGGUUUGAGAUCAGCGAUCAGCUCGUAGCUGGUGACAGAGCGCCGGACGCGCCGGGCUUGUUCGACGGAGAGCGCGCCUUCAAGCUCUUCGAGCUGUUCAAGCCGACCCACCACACGGCGAUGAUCUUCACUUCGGAUGUACAAGCGGCAGAAGAGAUCGUCAGCUCGCUUGCAGCUUACUCUGAGCUCGGCGUCGUCCGUAUCCUGGUGGUUUUACCCACAGGUGCGAGGCUGGCGGGCACAGUGCUUGGUGGUGCUAGAGUGUUUGUAGACAAGGAUGGGUACGCACACGCUCAUUACUACGCCCAGGACAGUCCUCGGGUAGUCAUCGUGCGACCAGAUGGUGUAGUCGGUGCUAUGGUGGCAGGAUUGUCGGGGGUUCAAAAGUACUUCAAGCUCAUUUUAUCUCAUUAG